AUGGGGACGGCCAGCUCCGCCGGCUCGGCGCCCCCCGCGCUGAGCCCGAACGCCAGCGGCCCCAGCGCGGCCAACUCGACCCACCCCGGGGAGAGCUGGAUCGUGGGCAUGGGCGUCCUCAUGUCGCUGAUCGUGCUGGCCAUCGUCUUCGGCAACGUGCUGGUCAUCACCGCCAUCGCCCGCUUCCAGCGCCUCCAGACGGUCACCAACUACUUCAUCACCUCCCUGGCCUGCGCCGACCUCCUGAUGGGGCUGGCGGUGGUCCCCUUCGGGGCCAGCCACAUCAUGCUGCACACCUGGAAGUUCGGGAACUUCUGGUGCGAGUUCUGGACCUCCAUCGACGUGCUGUGCGUCACGGCCAGCAUCGAGACCCUCUGCGUCAUCGCCGUGGACAGGUACUUCGCCAUCACGUCCCCCUUCAAGUACCAGAGCCACCUGACCAAGAAUAAAGCCAGGCUGGUCAUCCUCUUGGUCUGGGUCGUGUCCAUCCUGACCUCCUUCCUGCCCAUCCAGAUGCACUGGUACAGGGCCACCGACGACGAGGCCCGCCGGUGCUACGACGACGCCACCUGCUGCGACUUCUUCACCAACCGAGAGUAUGCCAUCACCUCCUCCAUCAUCUCCUUCUACAUACCUCUGGUGGUCAUGAUUUUUGUCUAUGCCCGGGUUUUCCAGGUCGCCCAGAAGCAGCUGAAGAAGAUAGACAAGUGCGAAGGGCGGUUCCAUCAGCACAGCACUGCACUCCAGGAGCAGAACGGCGGAAGGGCGAGUCACCGGCGAGCAUCCAAGUUCUGCCUGAAGGAACACAAAGCUCUAAAAACUCUUGGCAUCAUCAUGGGCACCUUCACCUUGUGCUGGCUCCCUUUCUUCAUAGUCAACAUUGUCUUUGUCAUCUGUCCCAAUCGCAUCCCCAAAUUUGUAUACAUCUUUUUGAACUGGGUGGGGUAUGUCAAUUCGGCCUUCAACCCCUUGAUCUACUGCCGCAGCCCGGACUUCAGGUAUGCUUUCCAGGAGAUUCUCUGCUUCCGGAGGUCUGCCUUGAAAAUGUACGUCAAUGGAUAUUCAAACAGCAAUGGGAAAACAGACUUCAUUGGGGAUCACAAUGGCUAUCCGACACGAGAAGAGAAGGCUCUUGAACUGCUGGCUGAAGAAGGAGGCCCCCCUACCGGGGAAGAAUUUUUACACUGUAAAGAGAUUCCUGGGUGUCCUGGAAUGGUUGAAAGUUGAACGGGCAAAGCAUCCCUUCUCACCAGCUGCAACUCAAAGAAGUUUGUGAAGAGACAAGCCCAAGUUCAGCCCUACUUCUGUCAGUAUGGGGAACUACUGUUCUUUCUCCCAUACAUUCCAUCAUGGAGAAGUAACAGAAAGGGGCAGCUAGUA